AUGUUGGUGCCGGCACACCGGAUGGGUAACACCGAGCUUCCACCGGACGACGGCUACACGUGGCGCAAGUACGGCCAGAAGGACAUCCUCGGCUCCAGGUUCCCAAGGAGCUACUACCGGUGCACCCACAAGAACUACUACGGGUGCGACGCCAAGAAGAAGGUGCAGCGCCUGGACGACGACCCCUUCAUGUACGAGGUCACGUACUGCGGCAGCCACAGCUGCCUCACCUCCACCACCCCGCUGCUCAACUUUCCCACCGCCACCGCUACCAACUCCCCGACAGCCGCAACAGGCUCCGGCCUCGCCCCUGCGGACCAUUUCAUGGCACCGACCGAGCAGGCGGCCGUGUCGACAUCAAUGCACCUCGGCGUCGGCUGGAUGCCGGCAAGCUUCCAGGGCGUUGCGCCAGCGGGCUCCUGCGCCGGCGUGGGGAGCAGCGCCGGCAUGCAGACGAGCGUGUCCACCCCAGCAAGGGACACGGAUUACCCGGCGCUGGACCUCGCGGACGUCAUGUUCAACUCCGGCGGUAGCGCCGGUGUGGGCAUGGACGGCAUCUUCUCUUCUCAUCAUAGAAGUGAUAGCUAG